AUGGUGAAUGUAAACACUCCUAAUGUUCCAGUACAAGGUCAAGAUAUGGAACCGGCUGAUGUAUCACGAUCCGAUGUGUGGUCUGAUCAUUUGGAUACAACUGACUACUCUUUGUUACUAGGAUUACCACUAGGUUCGUUAGUAGUGAUUCUCUUUAUAUUGCGCAUACUCUGGCGUCCGAAAUCAGGUCCUAAAUUUCGUCUACCUAAGCAAGUUCCUACGUACGGAAGUGUCAUACUUGACGAUGAAAGUUAUGACUAUGAUGGUGACUCCAAUGAUCUCAUUUACGCUGGUCAAGUGGCAGGACGUUACGAUACACGCUGGACUCGUACCUUUGACUUUGUCUUUCUUGUUGGCAUGCUAUUCUUUGGUGUAGUCCUUAUGGGCUUUACAUCACUCUUACAACCUGAUCUUUGGUACAAUACGAGCUUUUGGGUCUUUCUAUUGCCCAAAGUGUUUAUUUUGAUGGGCGUAUCAACGCUUGGAGGUAUUAUCUGUCGCUUUUUCUGCAUCGUGGAUGAUGCUGGUUACGUGAUCACGGAACGCAAUUCGGUGUUCAAAGUCAAUUACACGAGGAAAUUUCAAUUGCUGGCAGCUUAUAUCGUGCCAUUACUGGUUAAACCGGAUGAAGAAUCGUGUCCUAUGUGCAAUGGACCCCUUGCAUUGGCGUGGGGAGACUUUGUCACACUUUUCUGCUUCUUGCUACUUAUUAAACCAAUCCGUGAACGCUCAACAUUCAUUAUGCUGCAAUUUAAUUCAUUGGAUCGACCAGAGGACAGGCCGCAUACGCUUAAGUGGAUCGUAGCGGGUAACGUCUUCCCUGGUCUCUUUGUGCUACUCUUCUUCCGCUGGCUCUUCACUCGUACGACGCAGUCCGAUCUUGUCUUUAUUCUGGUAUUCGUCACUAGCAUUGGAGAUGGAUUGGCGGAGCCGAUCGGUAUUGCGUUCGGCAAGCACAAGUACUCAACGAGCACAUGCUGCUCUAAACGCAAAUACACGCGAAGUUUCGAGGGCUCAGCGUGCGUCUUUCUAUCGGGUAUUGUCUUUCCAGCACUACAGUAUUUCGAUUUUGAGACGCCUAUGCAGCUUUGGCUCACGAUGAUUAUCCUGCCGUUUGUGGCGGCCUACGCUGAGGCAACUGCGCCGCACACGAUGGACGCUCCCGUCCUUAUGGCAGCUACAGGUCUUGUGCUGUACACUAUCAUACACAUCUUUUGA